AUGAUUAAAAGCAAUCUGCUCAUAUUGGUUUCCAUCUGCCUGUGUGAAGGACUGUGGAGCGGGACCUUGGCCAGCAAGGUUGUGCGAAUGAGAGAAGUAGGUGGCUCACACAUGAUGAAGGUAGAGGAGAACAGAGCUCCAGACCAAAGGGAUGGAAGCAUGGACACAAAUGCAAUGCCUUUGGUGACUUUCAGAAAUUUGAUCAGUCAUGCACAGACAGGUGACACUGGACCUCUUUCCCACACCAAAGCACUGUCCAAUCAUGCAACUCCAUCUGCUGUUAUCAAGGAGAGGCUAGCCGUCAAGCCUAAGCAUGAGUCUGAGUCUAUCAGCAAUAAAGAGGUGCCUGACCCAGACAAUGAAAACGGCCUCAUGUUUGAGGAAGCAGAGUCUGAGGACGAUGAUGAGGAUCCAAUAGAAGAAAAGAGGUCACGCUCUCGCAGCAGGAGAAGUUGGAUUUGGAACCAGUUUUUUGUGAUUGAAGAAUACGCUGGACCUGAACCUGUUCUCAUAGGCCGGCUCCACACUGACAUGGACAGGAAUGAUGGACGGACCAAAUAUGUCCUACGUGGUGAGGGGGCUGGCUCUGUCUUUGUGAUCGAUGAGAAGACAGGUAACAUCCAUGUCACCAAGCCACUGGACCGGGAGGAGAAGGAUGAGUACCGUCUCAUUGCCACGGCCACAGACAGGCAGACAGACCGUGCCCUAGAGCCCUCAUCACAGUUCAUAAUUCGAGUGCAGGAUAUCAACGACAACCCACCUGUCUUCGAAGAAGGUCCUUACAGCGCCACCGUGCCAGAGAUGGCAAAUAUAGGCACUUCGAUAAUACAGGUGACAGCGACAGAUGCUGAUGACCCGACUUAUGGGAAUAGUGCCAGACUUGUGUACACACUAGUACAAGGCCAGCAAUACUUCUCUGUUGAUCCCCAGACAGGUAUUCUUCGCACAGCUGUCCCUGACAUGGACAGAGAGACCCAGGACCAGUACCUUGUCGUCCUCCAAGCCAAGGACAUGGGAGGCCACUUAGGAGGAUUAUCUGGUACCACUACAGUCACGGUUACCCUUUCUGACGUCAACGACAACCCUCCACGCUUCACUCAGAGUAUGUGGUCCUUCUCUGUGUCCGAACUGGCAGUCCCAGGUGCUGAAGUAGGACGUAUUUCAGCAAGUGACGCCGACCUUGGUGAAAAUGCCAAAUUGGAGUUCACAAUCUUGGAGGGUGAGACAAGCGACACGUUCAAUAUCACGGGAGAACUAAAUGGCAAAGAUGGUUUAUUAGAACUUAGGAAAGAGAUGGACUACGAAAGCAGGAGUUCCUACUCGUUCUCUGUGGAGGUCCUCAACCCGACUGUGGACCCACGCUUCUUGCGGAGAGGAUCUAUUAAAGACCGAGCUUCAAUCAGAGUAGCUGUCCUGGAUGCAGAUGAACCUCCAAGGUUUUCCAGGACACGAUACCACAUGGAUGUUUCAGAAAACUGCCCACCUGCCUGCACCGUGGGCCGAGUCAGUGCUGUAGACCCAGAUACUGGUCUGACUAAUAACAUCAGGUUCUCCAUUGAUCCUCAGUCAGACCCGGAGGCUCUAUUUCGCAUCACCCCAGAUUCCGGCCUCAUCACGACAGCCAUGGAACUAGAUCGGGAACGUGAGCACUGGCACAACAUUACUGUCAUCGCUACACAGAGAGACAACCCCAGCCAAGUGUCUCGGGUUUUAGUUGCAAUCGAGACGUUAGACCUGAAUGACAAUGCUCCUGAGCUGGACAGACAAUACACAACAGCCAUAUGUGACUCAUCCACCAUCGGAAAGGUGGUGCAGGUGUUACGGGCGAUUGAUAGAGAUGAGGGAGGGAAUGACAGCACUGUGUAUUUCAGCAUUCCUCCCGAGUCACGGGCUGCCCUCAACUUCAGUGUCAGGGACAGUGGUGGUCCGACAGCAAGCUUGGUCUUGCUGUCCCAGCUUCAACCACUGUCCCGGUCUCCAUCUUCCACCCUAACAAUUUAUGUGCCACUAGUUCUACGAGAUGGUACGUCAGGUCUCACCAGCACCGGCACUGUCACGGUCUCUGUCUGCCCCUGCCUGAGAGGAGGUGCAAAGACCGGUGAGAGGGAGAAGGGCAAACAGGCUGAGGGUGAAUGGGACUGGGAAAGAGAAGCAGUGUGUCUCCCUCAGCACUCCACGUUGCCUUCGCCUGGCCUUAGCACUGCAGCUUUGCUGGCUAUAUUAGCAUGUGUUGCAACAUUACUAGCCGUGAGUGCCCUGUCAUUGUCAUUGAGGCGUCAGAAGCGUGAUUCACUAUCGCCACUGGAGGACGAUGACGUCCGUGAGAACAUUAUCACAUAUGACGAUGAGGGCGGUGGAGAAGCAGACACGGCUGCGUUUGACAUCGCGGCACUCCAGAGCGCUCCCCACAGCUCACGCUCACGUGGCUAUCGCACACUGGACAGCAGGAACAUACGCUACACCCAACGUGGCCAAGAAAAAAGUCGUACCUCCAGCUGGGCUCAGAAUCCAGUUGUGGAUCACAACUACUCGGGCCCAGGAGGACCCUUUUAUGGUCGUGUAUGCUACAGUAGCCACACACUACCAGUUUUACGCCGCACACCGGGUGAAAUAUUUGAACCAGGUCUGGCAGAGCUUGGAUAUCGCUUUCCUGGAGGUCAACCAGACCACUCACUGGUCAUCCAAAACCAGGGUGCAAUGGUUGGCCCAAUGGAAUCCGGGGCUGUAUAUGUAACCCCAGCAGAUCUCAGCACAGGAAGCCGAACGGGAAGUCAUGCGGGCAGCCGUGACGGGACUGCAACCCAGAGUGGUGUGAGCACAUCGGAUGAAGGAACACCUCGAACUAGUGAUAGCCAGGAGAAACGACGAAGGAUAGGAACAUCGAGCAAUUGUACUGAGGAGAGCAGUGAAGACAAAGCGAACAACAGUCAUGAUAUGGACUGGGUGCAGUCGGAGACAUUACCGAGGGAGCAUAACCUUGUCCUGACACGAUCUGGCUCUAUGAUUGGUCAAGGUCAUGGAGGAUGGGUGUGCGAUUCAGCCACCCUCCCGUUGGCAGGACGUAAGGCCUCACGUGCUGGCCUGUCUCCAAAAGGUGCUGAUUCAGACAGCAGUGGUGUAGCUGGAGGAAGCGGAAAUGGAGCUACUUCCUCUGAUGGGCAACAGAAAGCUACCAAUGGUCGCAACUACGCCACCGUGUUGCAAGGAGAUGUACGCAGGCAGAAGGAGGCCCCUGGCACUCUGGAAAGAGGAGGACUACAGAUGGGGAGCAACUUUACUGGUGCAAGGCCAGACAGAGAAGGCAGUGGGAUAUCGUUGACUGGUAGUCCAUCUGUGUACCCAGAAUCAACCGGCCUGAUUGGUGACUGGUGUGAUCGAGUGUCUUUGGGUGGCUAUGUGUUGGCAAGAAUGGAUAUGACACCCCAGUUAUUGCCCUUCCAAGGUCAGCCCAGAGGAGCUUAUGGGGGAAUGCUAGGCAUUGGUCCCGGUUGGGUUCCAGGUAUUGAGGCGGCAAGAGCAGCACCAGGGACUGGAGGUCCCCCUUUGGCUCUGAGGGUGGGUGAAUUUUUACGCCUACGUCUUGCCCAGGUCACGUUUGACCCCUCACAACCACCAUAUGACUCAGUGCAGAUCUAUGGCCUGGAGGGUAAUGGUUCCCGGGCUGGAUCCCUAAGCUCACUUGAGAGUGAAGGAGAGAAAGAAGCAGAUAAGGAGGACUGGGGUGAAGGAUUGGAAGAGUGGGGGCCGCAGUUCCACAAGUUAGCGCAACUCUUCCGAGACCGGGAGAAAGAAAAAGAAGAGAAGGGAAAAGUUGAAGACAGUGCCAAAGAGGAGAAAGAGUCUCCAGAUAGAAAGGAGAGAGGGGUUGAUAUGAAAGUAAAGACUGAAGAAGGAUAA